CGCGCCGCCACCGUCGCCGCAGCCGCAGUUGUUUUUUUAAAGGAAGCCUCGGAAUCCCCACCGCCAGUCGUAGCCGAUAACCGAGCUCGACUCUUCUCUACGUCACCUGGCCAUCAGCCGCGCAAGUUCCCAAGCGCGGGGGUAACAGCAGCAGCAGCGGGCAGGGCGUGUGGCCGUGACACGGGCGGAUCGAGGGCGGCGCUCGGGCGAAGAGGUGGGCAGUGGCAACUCCGCCGCCGAUGCGAGCGGAGACGCUGCCAGUUUGGAGGUUUCGCUUCUCCGUCGGAGUCGAAGUCGACGACGACGCGCCGCUGCACUUUGUCCCCGCGUGGACCGUGACCGUCCUCCCCUCCUCCCGUGCGCGCCCACGCGGCCCCUCUCCCCGUGACCUUCACUGCCAAAGUCGCCGUAGCCCGAGUCGAGCCGCUCACCUGGGAACGGCGACCCGCGCGGGCGCGCUGUGACACCCGCGCCACCACCUGGGUGGGUGGGUGGGGGGAGGCGGACGUGGCACGCUGAGGCUCAACCUGAAGCCGGGAGACACCUGCGGACACGGGGGGUCAAGGCGCUUGUUGAGUCGGCGGCCGGUCUCUGCGCCAGAAGUCGGUGUCUCGGCCGGGCCGGUCUGGAUCCCUGCCGGAGCACCAGCUCUGUGCGCCGCGCGUCUUCCGUGACCCUCCCUGUAUGUGGGGGGGUACAAAAACAGAGUCGAACGCGUGGAAUUCUGCGAUCUCUGCAAGAUUCCUAGGCGGCUGUAGGGGGCACAGCGGCGUCGAAGAGUUCCGACCGAGGGAGACUGGUGACGUGAGGAUGGAGGCGAGGGUGGCGAGGGUGUGGGUUGCAGCCAUGUGGUCCCAUGGCAGGUGAGCCGGAGACCAGCUCACCCAUCAGCGUGCUCCAACUGGUGCAGCUGACCGAGCUGGGCAUCCCGUCGGAGCAGGUGAGCUGCGCUCGCGUCUCGCUGGGAGUCGACGGCACGGUGUGCGCCCGCCACACGGACGCAGCGGCCCCCCACCGCUCGCGCGUCUCCCUCGUGGACCCGCGCCGGCCGGCCGAGCGCCGCAGUUGGCCCGUGGGCCACGUGGACUCGGCCGUGGCCAACCCGUGCCGGCCCCUCGUCGCGCUCAGAGCAGGUACACUCGUGCAGGUGUUCGACGUGGAGAGCGAGCGGCUGGUGAGCCAGUGCCGCGUGAUGCAGGGCGUGGAGUUCUGGGUCUGGCUGGACCGCGACACGCUCUGCCUGGUCACCGACGCCGCCGUGCUGCACUGGGCUGUGCAGCGAGAGGUGGAGCCCGAGGAGGUGUUCUCGCGGCACGCCAAGCUGCGUGGCGCCGAGCUCGUGGGCUACCGGGGCGACCCGGCGGGACAGUGGCUGGCGCUCACCGGGCUCUACCUCGACCGGACGGGCUGCGUCCAGGGCCUCACGCAGCUCUACUCGCGCCACACGCGCCUCGACCAGGUGAUCGAGGCGCAGGCCGUGGCGCUCGCCGAGCUGGCGCUCUCCGCCAACCCCGGGCCCUCCGUGCUGCUCGUCGCCGCCCAGCGCCGCGGCGCCGGUCACAAGGGCAAGGUGCACGUGGUGGAGCUGGGACCGCACCGCCAGGGGAACUCGGCGCUCACGAGCCACUCGGACAGCCUGCUCUUCCCGCUCACCGAGGCGCGCGACUUCCCCGUCAGCGUGCAGGUGCUGUGCCGGCAGGGUCUGGUGCUGGUGCUCAGCAAAUACGGGCUGCUGUUCGUGGCGGACGCGGACACGGCGGCCGUGCUCUGCUGCCAGCGCAUCGGCACGCACACCGUGUUCGCCUCCGUGCCGGACCCCCACACCCACGGCAUCCUCGGCGUCAGCCGCAGCGGCCAGGUGCUGUCCAUCUGCGUGAGGGAGGCGGCGCUCCUUCGCUGCGUGCCGCCCCACGCCCCGCGGUCCACCAUCCUGCGCCGCCUGCUCGACUCCCGCAGGGACUCGGCUCGGAAGAUCACGGCCGUGUGACGCUCGCCGCGCCAGUCCGGCCGGGCCACCCGCCAGCCGUGCCGUCUUGCGACCCACGUGGGGUCGUCGCUAUUCGCGGGGCUCUGCUGCAUGAAGGCGCCCUCCGAGACACAGAUGCGCGUAGCUGCCGAACACCUGCGCCCUGAGCGAGGAACUGGGACACGGAUGUGGGCGACUGCAGUGCCAAGCUAAACUCGCCAGGAUACAAAAAACCCUUCCAAGUGUAGAAAAUAUCGAGGGGCUCUUUGUGGGAUGUUCAAGCCUUUUAACCACACGCAUUCAUCUCUGAAGACGUAGGCAGGGGCCGGAUGUGUAACGCAGACGCACAUUUGGACGACGCCAUGCCAACCACACGGACGCGCCAAAACACGGACUGUUUUCAAAUCCACCUCGUUUGCCGAGAGGCGUCGUUAUUCCCCCACGGAAGCGUCGAGUUCGGAUUCGCCGAGCAACACGGGCACGGUGCCAGAGUGCCCCGUCUGGGCCCUGCCCUCCUCCGGUGGGCGUGGACCACCUUGCCGUGCCAACCCCACGGUGGCAGCCGUCUCCCUCCCAAGCCACGCCAAAGGGCACGGAGCCGAAUGCUGCCGACGCGGGAACUCGGAGCGGGUGAGACGUGGGUACUCCCCCUGUCAGCCACCCUGCGGGCAUUGCGUAGCCCUCUGCCGGACGCUGAAAGCAACAUUGCAACAUGUUUACAGUAUCCCCUUAUUAACUAUGCAUGAUUGCAUUUUUUUUUACGUGUAUACGCGUUAUAAAUAUUUGAAGAGCUUUGGCUGUUCACAUUGCUGUGAUGCGUUAUCAAAAAGCAGCAGGGUUGCGGAGCACGCAGAGCAUUGUAAAUAUCGACUGCAUAUUUAUCGGGGGUGGAAAUGACGCAUCGAUUCGUGCAUCGAAUCUCGGGUAUCGCAGUUCCUUUCGAUCGCCGUUCUGUACGUCGAGUCUCCUCUGCCGCCACUAGCGGCACGUAAUGUUGGGGGCUCUUGGACUGAAUCGUGACUCCGAAUCAUCGCAAUUCGCUGAAUGGCUGCGGAGUCAAUCAAUCAUAUUCUUGGAUCUUUCCGUAAAGACACGUAGAAGGGAAAUAAUAAGAUAAUGAAAAUAAAACAUAAUACAAUUCUCACGACGUUUCGGCCACAACACAGCGUCCUAACAUUAGGACGGUGUCUUUCCGACAGCUCUGUUCUUCACCUGAGGACGGCUGCUUGCGUUGUGGCCGAAACGUCGUGAGAAUUUUAUUAUGUUUUAUUUUCAUUAUUUGAUUAUUUCCCUUCUACGUGACUUUACCGAAAGAUCCAAGAAUAUGAAUCCCUGCAGUCAUGAAAGCUUUAAAUCAAUCAAUCGUUCCACCCCCAACGAACGUGCUAUUCAACGCAACUGCGAGAGAUAGAGCCUACGGCUAAACCACCAGCAGGCCGCCCACCUGCGCUGACCCCAGUCGACCUGGGAAGCUAAGCAAUGUUGCGCCCGGAUAGUGUUCAGCUGGGCGACCACCAUGCAUUCAGCUGGUGUCUGUUGCACUGUACUUCUAAACCUGCCAAUGUGGUGAAGUAUGGUGAAAUAACCCCCAAGGACCCGCAGCAUCGCGUGAGGAGGCCAUCAUCCAGCAGUGGAUUGCCAAAAAUUCCUGUGCUGUACACGUACAGUAAGGGUGGGGGUUGAGUGAAGGAGAUGAACGCAACGUUGUUUUGCCGAAGUCAAACAACAACUUCUUUAUUUCAUACUCGUGAAG